GGUGGCAUUCAACUGAGUGGGAUUGGGUCUGACUUUCCAAACAUGGCUCAACAGUCAUCGCGGCUUAAUCGAUUGCUAACGCUGUUGGACACGGGUUCAACUCAGGCAACAAAGUUUUCAGCAGCAAGGCAGAUAGGAGAGAUUGCCAAAUCUCAUCCUCAGGACCUCAAUGCUCUUUUGAACAAGAUGUCCCAGUAUUUACGGAGUAAAAAGUGGGAGACCAGAGUAGCUGCUGCUCAUGCCGUGGGAGCUAUUGCAGAGAAUGUCAAACAUAUAUCUUUGACAGAACUCUCUAGCUCCGUGGAGUCAAAGAUUUCAGAAGCUGGGAUAUCUGCUACAUUUGAAGAUGUCGUGACAUGGCCAAACUUCCAUUCUAAACUUGGAGGAAGCAUUUCUUUUCAAAGUUUUGAUCUAAACAAGGUGUUGGAGUUUGGGGCUUUGGUGGCAUCUGGUGGACAGCAACUUGUAGAUACUGUUUCCGAUGAUGAAAGUUCUGAUAAUGAUAGAGAUGGGAGCUGGCCUUUCCAAGGUUUUGUUGAACAACUCUUCGUUGAUAUGUUUGACCCUGUUUGGGAGGUUCGUCAUGGAAGUAUCAUGUCUCUUAGGGAGAUAUUAACUUAUCAAGGAGCUAGUGCUGGAAUUCUUAUGCCUGAAGUCAGCAAUCGUGGUGUGACUGUUUCUAAUUUGAACGAUAAAGAUAAUGAGUCUGAAAUAAAAAAAGAGGGGGAAAUUGAUUUGAAUAUGCUAGUGUCACUGGAGGAAUCAGGGCCAGUUUCAAAGAGACCCAAGAUUGAAGAUGCACCGCAUGGAGAUACAGAUGUUUAUAUGAAAGGUAAUGAUGGACAACCAGUUCCUACUAUACAUAAUGGUAUAAUCGGUGUUAGAUUUUUGAAGAUGGAAUCUCAAUCUGGCAUUGAGGGUACCUACCACUCCAUUAGCGAUGCUUCAGUAAAAAAAGAAUGCUUAGAAGGCCAUGAAUUAUCAGGGAAGAUGAAUAUAUUGAAGAAUCUUCCUCAAAACUCUGAACUCAUGAACCUUCUCAAAUAUGCCAGCACUUCAUGGCUAAGAAACUUUGAAUUUCUGCAAGAUUGUGCUAUUCGCUUCUUGUGCAUCUUGUCUUUAGACCGGUUUGGAGACUAUGUCUCUGAUCAAGUUGUUGCACCAGUAAGGGAAACUUGUGCACAAGCAUUAGGUGCUGUACUCAAGUACAUGCAUCCAUCAUUGGUUCAGGAGACAUUGAACAUUUUAUUGAAGAUGCAGCUUAGACCAGAAUGGGAGAUUCGUCAUGGGAGUCUUUUGGGUAUAAAAUAUUUAGUUGCCGUGCGGCAGGAGAUGCUACAUAAUUUGCUGGACUUCGUUCUUCCUGCUUGCAAAGCUGGACUUGAAGAUCCUGAUGAUGAUGUGAGAGCAGUGGCAGCCGAGGCAUUGAUUCCGACUUCUGCUUCUAUUGUUUCGCUAAAAGGUUCAACUUUACAUUCAAUUGUUAUGCUGCUCUGGGAUAUUUUGCUUGACCUGGAUGAUUUGAGUCCCUCGACCAGCAGUGUAAUGAAUCUAUUAGCAGAAAUUUAUUCCCAGGAGCAGAUGAUUCCAAAGACUCUUGGAACUUUGGGUUCCAAAGAAAGUGCGGUUCUCAACCAUGGGUAUAGUCACUCGGAUUAUCUAAAGGAAGGAAUGAGUUCUCUGGAGAAUCCUUAUAUGCUCUCAACACUGGCACCAAGGUUAUGGCCAUUUAUGAGACACAAUAUCUCUUCAGUCCGCUUAUCAGCAAUCCGCACCUUGGAACGUUUACUUGAAGCUGGUUAUCGGAGGAGUGUCUCUGAUGUGUCCAGUUCACUUUGGCCUUCUUUUAUAGUUGGUGACACCCUGAGGAUUGUUUUUCAGAAUCUGCUACUUGAAUCAAAUGAGGAGAUUCUGCAGUGCUCAAAGCGAGUUUGGAAUCUCUUGCUCAAGUGCCUGGUGAAGGACCUAGAAAAUGCUGCAAAAUUAUAUUUCUCCUCAUGGAUUGAGCUUGCAACUACUCCUUACGGGUCUCCAUUGGAUGCAACAAAAAUGUUUUGGCCUGUAGCCCUGCCUCGUAAAAGUCAUUUUAAAGCUGCAGCUAAAAUGAAAGGUGUUGGUGAGCAUCAGACAAAUAACGUCUUGGAGUUUGGAUGGAGCAUGUCAGGAGAGAAUGGAGAUGCAUCCACGAAUUCGACAAAGAUAAUUGUUGGUGCGGAUCUGGACAUCUCAGUAACUUAUACAAGAGUAAUUACAUCAUCUGCCCUUGGUAUAUUGGCAUCAAAGUUGAAUGGUUCAUCCUUGCAAUGUGUGAUCGAUCCAUUGUGGAAGGGCUUGACAUCCUUCUCAGGAGUUCAGCGGCAGGCAUCUGGGUUGUACAGUGAUCUCGUUUCUUCUGUUAAACUGGACAUAGAGAAUAUGACCGCAGAUGAUGCUGUGAGUUUUGCAUCACUGUUUGAUUUUAUGGGUAACUGUACCCCCAUGCCGGAGUCCGAAGGAAGGAUUUUGUGUGAAGAAUUGGAGUCUCUAAAGCAAAAGCUUUUGACAACAGCUGGAUAUCUGAACUGUGUUCAGAACAAUUUGCAUCUUACUGUCUCGGCUUUGCUAGCUGCAGCAGUUGUUUGGAUGUCAGAGCUUCCCGCCAAGCUCAAUCCAAUUAUUCUGCCUAUAAUGUCAUCCAUUAAGAGAGAGCAGGAGGAAAUUCUGCAAUGUAAGGCUGCUGAAUCGUUGGCAGAGCUCAUCCAUCAUUGUAUCGAACGCAAACCAGGUCCCAAUGACAAGCUAAUUAAGAACCUAUGUAAUCUAACCUGCGUGGAUCCUCGUGAGACUCCGCAAGCAGGAGCUCUAAAUUCUGUUGAGAUCAUUGAAGACCAAGACCUUCUGUCGUCUGGAAGUAGUAGCGGUAGACAAAAAUCGAAAGUUAAUAUGUUCUCUGCUGGUGAAGACCGCUCGAAGGUUGAAGGCUUCAUUAGCAGACGUGGCUCUGAACUUGCAUUGAAAUAUUUAUGCAUGAAAUUUGGCAGUUCUUUGUUUGACAGACUCCCAAAGAUCUGGCAUUGUCUUGUUGAGGUCCUUAAGCCCUGUGAUCUUGAAGGCCUAACACCAGAAGAUGAGAAGCUGAUUGAUCGAUCUAUUGCUUCCAUUAAGGACCCUCAGAUUCUAAUUAACAAUAUACAAGUCGUGCGGUCUAUUGCUCCUUUCCUUGAGGCCUCACUGAGGCCGAAGCUGCUCACUCUCUUACCAUGUAUCUUCAGAUGUGUAAGGAAUUCUCAUAUUGCAGUAAGAUUAUCCGCGUCGAGGUGCAUAACAGCAAUGGCCAAGUCGAUGACUUUGGAUGUUAUGGGUUCUCUUAUCGAGAAUGUUGUUCCUAUGUUAGGUGAUAUUGGAUCUGUGCAUGCCAGACAAGGAGCUGGGAUGCUUGUGAGUUUGCUUGUACAGGGACUGGGUUUGGAACUCGUACCAUAUGCUCCUCUUUUGGUUGUGCCUCUUCUGAGGUGCAUGAGUGACUGCGACCAUUCAGUCAGACAGAGUGUGACACAUAGUUUUGCUGCCCUGGUGCCCCUUCUUCCAUUAGCACGUGGGGUCUCUCUACCUGUUGGUCUUACUGACCGUUUGUCACAAAAUCAAGAAGAUGCCCUAUUUCUUGAGCAGCUAGUUGACAAUUCUCACAUUGAUGAUUACAAACUCCCCUUUGAGCUAAAAGUGACUCUGAGGAGGUAUCAACAGGAGGGUGUUAACUGGCUUGCAUUUCUGAAACGGUUUAACCUUCAUGGCAUCUUAUGUGAUGAUAUGGGCCUCGGUAAGACACUUCAGUCAUCGGCGAUUGUGGCAUCUGCUGCGCUUCAAUAUUUGUUGAAACUGUGUAGUCAUCCGUUACUUGUUCUUGGUGAUAGUACACCAGACUCACUCGUACCAAUGAUGUCAGAACUUGGAUCCCCGAAUUCUGACAUCUCUGAGGAGCUUCAUAAAAUUCAUCAUUCGCCUAAGCUUGUCGCUCUUCAGGAGAUAAUGGAAGAGUGUGGAAUAGGUGUGGAUGCUUCUAGUUCUGAAGGACCUAUUUCUAUUGGGCAGCACAGGCUUCUAAUAUUUGCGCAACACAAGGCAUUUUUGGACAUUAUUGAAAAAGACUUGUUUCACACUUAUAUGAAAACUGUUGCAUAUUUGCGGUUGGACGGAUCUGUUGAACCUGAAAAACGUUUUGAAAUUGUCAAAGCGUUCAACUCAGACCCCACAAUUGAUGCUCUACUGCUCACAACUCACGUUGGUGGGCUUGGUUUAAACUUGACGUCAGCUGAUACUCUUGUUUUUAUGGAGCAUGAUUGGAAUCCCAUGAGAGAUCAUCAGGCCAUGGACAGAGCACACAGGUUAGGCCAGCGCAAGGUUGUGAAUGUCCAUCGUCUUAUCAUGCGAGGGACCUUGGAGGAGAAAGUUAUGAGCCUCCAGAAGUUCAAAGUUUCUGUAGCAAAUGCCGUCAUUAAUUCAGAUAACGCGAGCAUGAACACGAUGAAUACAGAUCAAUUACUUGACCUGUUUACUUCUGCAGAUGGCAAAAGGGGUGUCAAAUAUUUAACGGCAUCUGGUGAGGAUGCAAAAGGCAGAGGAAAGGGCCUGAAAGCCAUACUUGGCGGGCUGGAAGAGCUCUGGGACCAAUCCCAAUACACUGAAGAAUACAAUCUUAACCAAUUUUUAGCCAAGCUUAAUGGCUAA